UGGAGUUCGCUUACAAGAGCCCAGCUUUUGCCCUGCACAUUUGUGGCUUCCGUGGACAUAUUAGCAACUGGUGGUUUUAGCUCCCAGUCGCCCAGAGUUGCCAAGGGGGUGAGAAGUCAUCUGGAAAGUAUUUUAGCCUGAAUCACACUGAUUCACAAGACUAGCUGGUUUCUCCUGAAGUGUUUGGAAAAUCUGCACCGUGCUCAAGUCCUGGUGCAGGUGCAUGGUGAAGAAAUCCAGGAGAUAAACCCAAAGACUGAACUUGCAGACCAGGCGCCAAGUAGAAACUGAAAGUAUACUACCGGGUGAUCCUACGGAAGUUAUGGAAAAGGCAAACCCCAGAGCCCGGCCGUGAUGUGUGCCGCCCCUGGGAUGGAUGAACCGGCAGGGGCCCCGUGGAAGACAGAAACCAGCUGCAGAGCCUGCCCUGCCCAGCAUCGACUCCUGGCAAGUCCGCUGAAGAGCAGGGUUCUGGGCGUGAUUAUGGGUGGUGAGAGCUUGCUCCUGCUGCAGUUGCGGUCAUCAUGACCAUGCCCGCCUCCCGCAGACCAUGUUCCAUGUUUCUUUUAGGUAUAUUUUUGGAAUUCCUCCCUUGAUCCUUGUUCUGUUACCAGUAACUUCAUGUAAUUGUCAUCUUAAAGAUAAAGAAGGUAAAGAAUUUGAGAAUGUUAUACUGAUCAGCAUCGAUGAAUUGGACAAAAUGCUAGACAUUGACAGCAAUUGCUUGAAAAAAGAACUGAACUAUUUUAAGAAACAUUCAUGUGCUGAUAAAAAGGAAGCUGCUUUUCUGAAUCGUGCUGCUUACAAGUUGGAGCAAUUUGUUAAAAUGAAUAUCACUGAGGAUUUUGAGCUACACAUAUUAAAAGUUUCAAAGGGCACAUUAAAAGUGAUAAACUGCACCAAGGAAGAAACUAUUUUAAAGGAGCCAAAAAAGAAUGACUGGUGUUUCCUAAAGACACUAUUACAAAAAAUAAAAACUUGUUGGAAUAAAAUUUUGAGAGGGAAUUAAAGGACACUAGAAAAUGAGUGGAAUAUGUGAACUGUGGUUACAUCUGCUGAUAACCUAUCUGCUUAUGCAAUUUGGAGGGAAAGAAAGCCUCCUAGAAGUUACUGAAAACAACCUAGUAAAAAUAAUGAGGACAAAUGAGAAUUGACGUAGUACUAGAAGACUGACAUAAACAAUGGAAUCUGAACACUGCAGCGAACAGACUGUUUCAUAGGUAUGUGGAUACUUGUCAGUCAGUAUUAAGUUUAUACUGAUUUUGUAAGACAAUGACAUAAAGUAUCAUGUGCAAUAAAGCUUUUAAAACCUGUUUAAAUA